AUGGCUUCCAACGAUAAGGGUCUCGAAGAGAUCCCCGAAGGACAAAUCGAAUCCAACUAUGAUGAAAUCACCGACUCAUUCGAUGCUAUGAACCUCCGCGCUGAGUUGCUCCGCGGUGUCUAUGCCUACGGUUUCGAGCGCCCUUCUGCCAUCCAGCAGCGUGCUAUCAUGCCCGUCAUCAAGGGUUCCGAUGUUAUUGCCCAGGCUCAGUCCGGAACGGGCAAAACUGCUACAUUUUCCAUCUCUGCUUUGCAGAAGGUUGACACCAACCUCAAGGCUUGUCAGGCUCUGAUCCUUGCUCCUACCCGUGAGCUUGCCCAGCAGAUCCAGAAGGUCGUUGUUGCCAUUGGUGACUUCAUGAGCAUUGAGUGCCACGCUUGUAUCGGUGGUAUUAGCGUGCGCGAGGAUAUGAAGGCUCUCCAGGAUGGUCCUCAGGUUGUUGUUGGCACUCCUGGUCGUGUCCACGACAUGAUCCAGCGCCGUGUCCUCAAGACCGAUCACAUGAAGAUGUUCGUCCUCGACGAGGCUGAUGAGAUGCUUUCGCACGGUUUCACCGAACAAAUUUAUGAUAUCUUCCAAUUCCUCCCUCAGUCUACCCAGGUUGUCCUACUCUCCGCUACAAUGCCCCAGGACGUGCUCGAAGUCACCACCAAAUUUAUGCGCGACCCCGUCCGUAUUUUGGUGAAAAAGGCAGAACUUACUCUUGAGGGUAUUAAACAAUUUUAUAUCGCUGUCGAAAAGGAAGAGUGGAAGCUGGAUACCCUCUCCGAUCUCUACGAAACCGUCACCAUUACCCAAGCCGUCAUCUUCUGCAACACCAGGAGAAAGGUUGACUGGCUGACCGACAAACUGACCGCCCGCGACUUCACCGUCUCCGCCAUGCACGGUGACAUGGAGCAACAACAGCGUGAUGUAAUCAUGAAAGAGUUCCGUUCGGGCUCUUCGCGUGUCCUCAUAGCCACUGACUUGCUGGCGCGUGGUAUCGAUGUCCAGCAAGUAUCGUUGGUCAUCAAUUACGAUCUCCCCGCCAAUCGCGAAAAUUACAUCCACCGCAUCGGUCGUGGUGGACGUUUCGGCCGGAAGGGUGUCGCCAUCAAUUUCGUCACUGCUGACGAUAACGGGAGAACUCGCAAGGCAAAACGGAAAAAGGGUAUAUAA